AUUUAAAAACAAAUGGUAUAAAAGUAAAUACAUGAUCCAGUACGCGAGUACGCAUUGUGGACCUAUUUUUCGAAAGAGAGGUCUGGUGACGAGUAAGUUACAAGCAAUCAUCACGGGUCUAAUAAAUAACCGUGCAUAAAAAUUAAUAUUUCUUUUUACUUGUCAACUUAGGCACGUGCAAAUUUCGGAGCUGUGCGUGUAUAGCUUCAAGGAUUUGACGAUUACAGGAUAUAUAACAGGAUUUGUCAACUCCGUAUGAAAAUGAGGACUGUUUUACUACCUGCUGCUUCUCUUGUUGUUCUUGCCGCAAUUGAGUCUGUCGUUUUAGCUACGUCUAAAUGGCCUGCUGGAACAUACGGGUUACCGCGCGCGCAAUCUGGCUGUCCAUCAUCCAAUCAAUUUACGUGGCGCACAGGAUGGCGGUACCAAGACACAGAGGAUUUUUUACCGAGCAAUGCUCGUUCAAGUAAUUUUCACCUUGAUGCAAGUGUGGACAAAAAUAAUCUGAAGCGAUCGUUUUGUAUGAAAACGGACACAUCUGCUGACACAUCAAGAACUAUUUGGCCAAAAGGAAAAUACUGUAUUUACAAGAAAGGUUCUUGCCCCAAGGGCCUGAAAUCAGGUUACAUAACAUGGGACGACGAAGACUGGUUCAACAAGAAUAACAAAGGUGGAGUUCUCCCGGACGGAGUCUACGACAAGAACACUAAACUCUACUACUGCUGCAAAACGGACGGUAACAAAGCAGAACCGAUUGAGCUACCAACAAGCACACCUUUCUUCCUUGUGGCGUACGAAUCAGCCGCAUGCCAACAAGUAAAGUGGGCGCAAGCGAGCUCGGAAUGGAUUCGUUUUGAUACUGAGGAGGACGGUGAUGGGUACGGAGGAGCGUAUCCUUACGGAGCUGGGCUGAAUGAUCACACCAUUCAUUACUGUUACUAUACUAGCUGCAACUACACUUUGGCCCAAUCCACUGGCUCGUUCCAGUCUCCCAAUUAUCCAAAUUCCUACCCAGCAGGCCAAUAUUGUUCCUGGAAGAUAAAGGUUCCAGAAGGAUUGCAGGUGGUGUUAAAGUUUCCUAAGUUCUCACUCCAGAAAGGACCAGGCACUGAUAAUGUUCAACUGUACGACGGGAAAAACGAGACCUCGCCCUCCCUGGGCGUGUACUCAGGUGAAACGAAUCCCCCACCCUCAGGAGUCCGUUCCUCAUCCAACGAGUUAUUUGUCAUUUUCAAGACUGAUAGCAAGAAUAACUUUGCUGGAUUCCAGGCCUCUUAUUCAGCGCAGAAACCAACGCAACCUCCAACAACUAUCAAAACAACGACAAUUUUUCGCACAACGAAAGCUACCACACCGUCUGCGCAAACAACGACAGUGGCAAAUACACCAGCUGGAACCAAAACAACAGUUAAACCCACUGAAACAACCCAAGCCACCACCACAGUCAAAAGCUCCACAAACCAAGCACAGACAACUAACAAGGGGCAGACAACCCAAACCGCCACUACAGUCAAAAGUACUAUAGAAAAUGCACAGACAACCCAACCCAUUACUGCUUCUACCAGCACGGCAGGAAUUACGAAAAGUACUAAAAGUACGACGAAGAAAAUCACAACAAAGGAAGUUGAGAGAACCACCACCAACAAAGAAACCGAAGAAAGCAGUAUUUCAUCAACAUCAGAGGCAACAGAUGGGCCCUCUAAGAAACCUGCCAAUCACACAACUGUUUACUCAAUGGAAACAACAAUCGUCGUAAAUACAAAGACAGAGGCUACCAAUGAACCAACACACACCAGGCCCACAGAAUAUAGACCCUCGACAAUUGCCCCUCUAAGAAAUGAGUCCUCAUUUGGGUUUCGUAAAACGGAAGAAGGUGAAUCAUCCAAUGUAGCGUUGAUACUAGUUCCAGCGCUUUGUUUCCUGCUUCUGGUAUUGUGUCUUUUGAUGUUGUUCCUCUAUCGCAAGAGGAAUCAAAGAAGAAAAGAUAAACUAGACCGCGAGCAGUUUGUCUACUAUGAGAGUGCAGUACCGGCGCAAAAAUCUAUCACCCACCACCGUUUGCUGUUUAAAACAAAUGUUUACCUCACGUUAUUGUCGUUGUCGUUGUUUGUCAUCUCAGGCUGCAACUACACUUUGGCCCAAUCCACUGGCUCGUUCCAGUCUCCCAAUUAUCCAAAUUCCUACCCAGCAGGCCAAUAUUGUUCCUGGAAGAUAAAGGUUCCAGAAGGAUUGCAGGUGGUGUUAAAGUUUCCUAAGUUCUCACUCCAGAAAGGACCAGGCACUGAUAAUGUUCAACUGUACGACGGGAAAAACGAGACCUCGCCCUCCCUGGGCGUGUACUCAGGUGAAACGAAUCCCCCACCCUCAGGAGUCCGUUCCUCAUCCAACGAGUUAUUUGUCAUUUUCAAGACUGAUAACAAGAAUAACUUUGCUGGAUUCCAGGCCUCUUAUUCAGCGCAGAAACCAACGCAACCUCCAACAACUAUCAAAACAACGACAAUUUUUCGCACAACGAAAGCUACCACACCGUCUGCGCAAACAACGACAGUGGCAAAUACACCAGCUGGAACCAAAACAACAGUUAAACCCACUGAAACAACCCAAGCCACCACCACAGUCAAAAGCUCCACAAACCAAGCACAGACAACUAACAAGGGGCAGACAACCCAAACCGCCACUACAGUCAAAAGUACUAUAGAAAAUGCACAGACAACCCAACCCAUUACUGCUUCUACCAGCACGGCAGGAAUUACGAAAAGUACUAAAAGUACGACGAAGAAAAUCACAACAAAGGAAGUUGAGAGAACCACCACCAACAAAGAAACCGAAGAAAACAGUAUUUCAUCAACAUCAGAGGCAACAGAUGGGCCCUCUAAGAAACCUGCCAAUCACACAACUGUUUACUCAAUGGAAACAACAAUCGUCGUAAAUACAAAGACAGAGGCUACCAAUGAACCAACACACACCAGGCCCACAGAAUAUAGACCCUCGACAAUUGCCCCUCUAAGAAAUGAGUCCUCAUUUGGGUUUCGUAAAACGGAAGAAGGUGAAUCAUCCAAUGUAGCGUUGAUACUAGUUCCAGCGCUUUGUUUCCUGCUUCUGGUAUUGUGUCUUUUGAUGUUGUUCCUCUAUCGCAAGAGGAAUCAAAGAAGAAAAGAUAAACUAGACCGCGAGCAGUUUGUCUACUAUGAGAGCAAUCCGAAAGUAGAGUCUGUUGACAACCCUCUGUAUGAAAGGGAAAGUGAGUGCGCUGUGAAUCCACUGUAUUAUGCAAAGCGUCAGGUCACUGAUUUUUACGCGCAACCGAGCACCCCAUCUGAACCGGUGAUGACUUUGCAGUUCCAAGAUCUGACCGAAUAUGGGGAAAACCCUCUGUAUGCUUUUGUUGCAGCUUCUUCUAACGAAAGCUCUGCCUAAAGAUGCCUUUUUGAUGCAAGAUGAUUCACUCUUACUGUGAAAGCGACUUUGACGACUUUGAUGUUUCAUUUUCUACUCCUUUUAUGAACACGAAACAAAACAUGGAUUUGUCAAAUAAGAGAGCCUUUUAGCAAA